AUGGAUAUGCAUAUUAAUGAUAGUUUAAGCGAUGAAGAAAUAUUUUUUGGAAAUCUUUCCACUAACGAAAUUAAAAAGCAUGUAACGAUGGAUAGAUAUCGGUACAGUGCGAAGUGCAACAAUACAAAAAAGGAAAGCGAUAUUGACAGCAGUCCGAAAAUAAUUGAAACGCGUUCUGAACCUGAUCUUCCAGGGGUUUCUCUGAACAUUUCUGAUUCGAAUUUGAGAUUAUCAAGUGAACAUAAGGGAAUUUCAAGUGGGAAUAUAAAUUCAAUCAAUGAUAGUUUUUUGGAAAUGGAAAAAAUGGUUUCAGAACUUAAAAAACUACCUAACAGUGAUAAAGAGGAAUUAGAUAAUACAUUGGAAGUUAUUGAAUAUAUAUUAAAUAAUGGUCCAACUCAUGAAGAAGGAUGUAACCUUCACAGUAAAAUUGAAGAGUCAGAAGAUAAUAAUAAUGAAAAAACUGCAUUGCAAGUUGAAGUUAUUGAUACCAAGCAAAGUAAUGUACCUGAGUCCAUAAAAGAUGUGUUAAAGUUAGAAGAGGUCAAACAUUCUUUAAACACAGAACUUUUUACUCCAAUUAAAAAUAAAGAUGGCUUAAGUGAUUGUACUUCUGGUCCUAGUUUAGAUACAUUUUCUACAAAAACAAUUGAUCAUCCACAUAAAACUGACAAUGUUACUACCCCUUUUUGCGGAGAUAUAAAACAAGAAGCUCUAGUUUUUAAGACACCCAAAAGUGUCAUAUCACAAAAGAAACAAUUUAUAACUCCAAAGACAAAGUUAACACCAAGUAAAAACUCAUAUCAACACAUAACAAGUCCAGUUGCUGCAUAUAUUAAGAAUUCUCCACAAGUCCCAUUGCUUAAAGAUGUCAGACCUAGGAAACCUUUACCAGGAGUCUCAUCAAUUCCCAAACUACUGAAAAGUACAGAAAAAACAUCAAAUAAGGAGAAUAUAAAUUUACCAUCAGUUGCAUACAAGAGUGCUCAAAGUAUGAAAGUGAUAAAGGUACCUAAUGAGGAGAAGUUACCGGAAAAUCAAUGGGCCAAGAAAUUAUCUUCAUCUCUUUCUAAGCCAAUUGUGAUAAAACAUGAUCACAGAGAGAAUAAUGUAUCCAAGAAAAUAAAAGAACCAAACUCUGAAGACAGCUUUGCCGACCUUACUUUGCACCAGGCGGAAGUGUCAGUUUGUACCCAGAAGUCUGCUUUCAGCACUUUAAAGAAAAGGCAUAUGUAA